UCCUUAUUUUGUGGUUUUCUAGUUGUUGAUGAACAGAGAAUAACAAAAGAAAGAACCCGUUCUUUACAACAGGGAAAGAUUAAACAAAUUCUUUUCUUUUUUUGUAUUUGAAAGAAUGUUGGGUUCUUCUUCUUCAAAAGGAGGGAAUAACAGCUAUGAUUAUUCAUUCAAGAUACUAUUGAUUGGUGAUUCUGGUGUUGGCAAAAGUAGCUUACUCGUUAGUUUCAUCUCCAACUUUGUUCAUGAUCUUUCUCCUACCAUUGGGGUGGAUUUCAAAAUCAAGAUGGUCACAAUUGGUGGGAAAAGAUUGAAACUUACAAUUUGGGACACAGCUGGUCAGGAGAGAUUUGGAACAUUAACUAGCUCUUACUAUAGGGGUGCACAUGGGAUUAUUCUUGUUUAUGAUGUGACACGGCGAGAAACCUUCACCAACUUGUCCGAAAUUUGGGCAAAGGAAGUCGAGCUCUACUCCACCAAUCAUGAGUGCAUCAAAAUUCUGGUUGGAAAUAAAGUUGACAGGGACAGUGAAAGGGCUGUUACCAGAGAAGAGGGUAUGGCUCUUGCACAGGAACAUAAAUGCUCUUUUCUUGAAUGCAGUGCCAAAACUAGAGAGAAUGUGCAUCAAUGCUUUAAAGAUCUCAUUUUAAAGAUUCUUGAGGUACCUGCUUUACGAGAGAAAGGAUCUGCAGUGGUCAAGAAACAGAUUUUGCAACAGAAACAAGCACACAAGGUUUCCCAAAGCAAUGGCUGCUGCUUUCAAUGAAAAUUCAGUGACACUUUAGGUAGAAUAAUAGACGAUGCUACUAAACUACAUAUACAAGUUACACAUGGUGAUAGUGGCAAAAAGAUGGUCAGACCAUCCUGGAUGCACUUUGCAAUCAAUAGGACAGCUGGUUAUAUGUGCUACAUAGUAAGUUUUGUUGGAGACAUUGUCAUUGGUUGGACUGUAAUUUCCAAAAUAUAGGGAGAUGCUGUAUCAUCUUAGGUUAAUCUAAUUUUUUUAUCUUUCAAAUGUUUUUCUUCUCA